AUGGAGGUUCCCCCAGCAAGCAUGUUUGAUAACACCUUUAUGUUUGAGAACAAGUUAGAGAUUCAUCAAGAACUUUUCCCAGGUGAGGAUCGAGGGAAUUCUUUCCUUCAUGAAGGAGGCUUGGAGCAAAUGGCUGUCAUCUAUAAGGAGAUUCCUCUUGGAGAGCAAGAUGUGGAAUGGGAGGAUUAUGGGGGGAAUUUCCACCUGUGCUCAAGCCCCAUUCCAUAUCAGAGGAUUACCCUUGGGGGCAGAUCUCAAGAUGAGGAUCCAUUUGUCCAAACUUUACUUCAGAAAUCCGACUCCAGUGUCUCUCGGAUAAUCCACAGUGGAGAAGGAAGCAGGCAGGGUAAGUCACGACUCAAUGCACCUCACAGAAGCCUGCAUCCCACUAAGCCCUAUGCUAGUAAUGAGUGCGGAAAGGCCUUCAGCCAGAGCUCCCACUUUUUCUGACACUUGGUCAUCCACACUGGGGAGAAGCCCUACCAAUGCCAAGAGUGUGGGAAAGCCUUUUGCCAGAGCUCAGCCCUCACCCAACACCAGAAAAUCCACACAGGGAAGAGGCCCUAUGAGUGUAGGGAAUGUGGGAAGGAUUUCAGCUGGAGCUCUAGUGUCCAAAAACAUGAGAGAAUUCAUACUGGAGAGAGACCUUCUCAGUGUAAGGAAUGUGGGAAAGCUUUCAUCCAGAGUUCAGGCCUUAGCCAGCAUUGGAAAAUCCACACCCUUAAGAAACCUCAUGAAUGCGACCUCUGUGAGAAAGCCUUCUGUCACAGAUCCUACCUCAUCCGGCACCAGUGGAUUCACACAGGGAAGAAAGCUUACAAGUGUGAAGAAUGUGGGAAGGCAUUCAGCCAGAGCUCCAACCUCAUCGAAUAUUGGAAGACCCACACUGGUGAGAAACCCUACACGUGUCAUAAGUGUGAGAAGGCCUUUAGCCGUCGUUCCUCACUCACUGAGCACCAGCGGAUCCACACUGGGGAAAAGCCCUAUGAGUGUUGUCACUGUGGCAAGGCCUUUUGCCACAGCUCUGCACGGAUUCAGCACCAGAGGAUCCAUCCUGGCAAGAAGCUGUACACCUGUGAGUGUGGCAAAGCCUUCAGACACAGGUUGGCUCUCAUUGAGCAUUAUAAAACCUAUUCCAGAGAGAAGCCCUAUGGAUGUAAUCUGUGUGGCAAGUCUUUCCAAAGAAGCUUACACCUUAGCCAGCAUCAGAAAAUCCAUGCUAGUGGAAAUCUGGAGAAGGGGAAUAGCCAUCAUCAUUUGGAAGCUUUUACAUAG